CCUGCUUGUGGGGCUCCCGGCCGGAAGCCUCCCGGGAGUGGGGACGUGUCUCUGCGCGGCCGGGCCGAGCGUGUGGCCGUCGCGAGCCGCUGCCAUGGCCUCAGCCAGUCUGGUGGAGAAGCUGCAGCUCCGCGUGCGGGAGCUGGAGGAGGCGCUGGCCAGGGAGCGGGGCGGCGGGCAGGGCCAGCGGGCUCGCAUCGAGAGCAUGAGCCCGGAGGUGACCGACUCCAAUCCCUACAGCCGCCUGAUGGCAUUAAAACGAAUGGGAAUUGUGAAAGAUUAUGAGAAAAUCCGUACCUUUACGAUAGCAGUAGUAGGUGUUGGUGGAGUUGGCAGUGUAACUGCUGAAAUGUUGACAAGAUGUGGCAUUGGUAAGCUGCUACUGUUUGAUUAUGACAAGGUGGAGUUGGCGAACAUGAACAGGCUCUUCUUCCAACCUCAUCAAGCUGGACUAAGUAAAGUGCAGGCAGCGGAGCAUACUUUGAGGAAUAUUAAUCCUGAUGUUCAGUUUGAAGUACAUAACUACAAUAUCACAACAGUGGAUAACUUCCAACAUUUCAUGGACAGAAUAAGUUAUGGUGGGUUAGAAGAAGGGAAACCUGUUGAUCUUGUACUGAGCUGCGUGGACAACUUUGAAGCUCGUAUGGCAAUUAACACUGCCUGCAAUGAGCUUGGACAAACAUGGAUGGAAUCUGGAGUGAGUGAAAAUGCCGUCUCAGGACAUAUACAACUUAUCAUACCUGGUGAAUCUGCUUGUUUUGCGUGUGCUCCCCCACUUGUAGUUGCUGCCAAUAUUGAUGAAAAAACAUUAAAGCGAGAGGGAGUUUGUGCAGCCAGCCUUCCUACCACUAUGGGAGUAGUUGCAGGGAUUCUUGUACAAAAUGUUCUGAAGUUUUUAUUAAAUUUUGGUACUGUGAGUUACUAUCUUGGUUACAAUGCAAUGCAGGAUUUCUUUCCAACUAUGGCCAUGAAACCAAACCCACACUGCAGUGACAAAAAUUGCAGGAAACAGCAGGAAGAAUACAAGGAAAAAAAGGCUGCACAACCAAAACAAGUAGUAGUUGAACAUGAAGAAGAAAUAGUUCAUGAAGAUAAUGACUGGGGUAUUGAGCUGGUAUCAGAGGUUUCAGAAGAGGAACUGAAGGCUGCUUCGGGUCCACUUCCUGAUCUUCCAAAGGGAAUUACGGUAGCAUACACCAUACCAAACAAGGAAGAGAAUGUUGUAGCUGGGGAAACAACAGUGGCAGAGUCUGAGGAAAGCCUAGAAGAACUCAUGGCCAAGAUGAAGAACAUGUAGGCAAAUGGAAUAUUGAAUUUAACAUUUGGGAUCUAGCACUAGAGCUGAAUCAAGAAAUAUCACAAGAAAUAAGGUCCUGUAAGAAAUUCCAGUCUUAAAACUUGAACUUUUGGUAAAACAGAACUAUAAAAGCUUGGAGAUGGCAUCUCAUAACUGUAUUCUGCUGUCUAUCUAUAUACUGCUUUAAAAUACAAAGUUGUACUACUGUAAGUUUUCAUUUCUCAUCAUGGUAGGGUCCAAAUCUCUAGGGAAAAAUUAAAGAUAAUAGACAAACUGACACAAAAAAGGUAAGCAUAGCACAUGAUGUGGAAUGAUAUUCCACAUGUUGGCAAAAUGGGGGAAAUGAAAGGUGGAGUAACCUUGUCUGGAUAGAAUGGUUCAGGGGAUUGAUAAUGGAGUCUUUAACAUGUACGUUACCGCUUCAAGUGCAAACCAGAUUUGUGGUAGUUGUAAGCAUCCAGCUGGCUACUAUUCAAUGGGCUAUGUUGUCUAAGUUGGUAGUGUGGCUGUACCUGUUUUGUAGGUAAAUGGAAGGCUUCAAUCUUUUCAUAGGCCAUAAAUUUCACUAGAAAAAUUUUAAAGGGUUGAGUGAUUUGUCAGUUUGUGUCACAUCCCUAUUCUUUCAUAAAGAAGUAUUUGUGUAUACAUUGCUUUGUGUUUGAUAGUGGUGUGAGUGUGCAGUUGUAAGGCACAAGUGUUUUGGUAUGAAUUCUUUGUUACUGAGUCAAUGACUGAGUUGACCAAAAUAGCUCCUAGCAUGUCAUCACUGCAGCUGACCGCCAUGUGUUUACAUAUUAAAAAUGUUUGACUUAUCACUGAAAAAAAUUAACUGUACAGGAAACUUCAAACACACCUAAAAACCAUUCUGUGUUUACUUUUGAAAGCGAGUUAUAUUUCUAAAAUCCAUUUAGAAUUAUUUGGCUAGCAUUUAGCUCAGGGGUUCUCAAACUGGGGGUUGGGGCUCACGAGAUUAUUACAUGGGGGCUGUCGGCCUCCACCCCAAACCCUGCUUUGCCUCCAGCAUUUAUAAUGGUGUUAAAUAUAUUUAAAAAGUGUUUUUAAUUUAUAAAGGGGGGUCGCACUCAGAGGCUUGCUAUGUGAAAGGGGUCACCAGUACAAAAGUUUGAGAACCACUGAUUUAGUUACUACUUUACAUGGCUGACAGCUUUAUAAAAAGGCAACUAUUUACAGUUUUAUCCUAUGUACAGUUUUACAAAAAUUGAAAUUAAUACAUAUAUAAAAUUAUUGGAGAGAUGUUGUUAGGGAAUACAAAAUAGUUCUUGACUUCUGACUAUAGUUAGCAAAGCAACUUUUACACUUGCCCAUUCCAUAUUGUAAAGUGAGGUAGUGGUGAGACCUAACUUUGCAGAAGAUUGUGUACCAGUGUUUAAAACGAAUUUAAAAAAAACCAACAAAAACAAGUCCUGUGGCUGAUAACGUUUUUCACCUUUGCAAUUAAAGCAUAUUGCAAUUUAGAAGUCUAAAGAGAACCAUGGUAUUUCUCUGAGUGAGAAAUCUAGUGGAAAUGUCUGAUUUUUUUUUUUUUUUUGCAACUCAGUGAACAAAUACACUUCAAUGCUGUAUAUUUUUGCUAACUUUGUUCAUUUAUGUUGUAAGCUGCAAUAUACUAUCAACUUAAAUUUUUAACAGUGAAUCUUAAUAAUGAGACCUUGCUAUGGAUCUGUUCUAUUAAAUCUCUGCUGAUACACUGGAAGACACUAUUAGUUUUGAUGUGGAGUUCUACUGUGAUCAUUAAGUUACAUAGAAUUUGGCUUAUACCAAAUAUACAAAUGCUUCAAUUUCAUGUACAAACAGGACUUGGUGGGAUAUGUUUUCUACAGAAGGAGUAUCAAGAGAGCUAUUAUACUUGUUUUGGACACCAAUACAAAGAAGUCAAACAUCCAUCUGUUUGCAAUUUAGAAGAUUACAAUUUUUGUCUAAAUAAAAACAACUUUUUCUAUGCUGCAUGAACCUCA